AUGUAUGGCCCUCUUCCUAACCCCGUUGAUACGAACAACAAUUGUGUCAGACAUUAUAACAACGUCUGUCAAUCGUCUUUCUCGGAGGACUUCAAUAAUAACAAUCCUCUACUUUACACGCCCGUUAAUUUGCAAACCCAAUCUUAUGCCCAAAACUUCUUUACUUCUGACUUUUCUCUUUCCGAUAACGUGUCUAUUACUACGAAUACUACGGACUACAGAAAUACCGGAAAUUAUACGGGUGAUUAUUCGUCAUGCCUCUCAGAACAUGCCUAUCAGGGCGUUGACACUACAAAUGGACAGUUAAAUCUACCGAGUCAUACCCACACAAACAGUCCUUUUCAAGCAUUCUGUGGCUCUUCCGACCAGUAUUAUCCCGAUACGACGAACAACGAUCUGACAGACAAUCUUCAAGAUCCCGAUAUGAUCAACAGUUCAUCUACCGGUACUUCAUAUAUUUUUACGCAGGAGUCCACUGGCUCCGGAUAUAAUAUUACGAAAGUAGAGUACACUCAAACAGUGUUUGAAAAAUUAAAACUUGCGGAGAAAGAAUUCUUACGCGUAUCUGAGCAGAACGUCCGUUUGGAACAGGAGUUGCAAAGAUCGCAGCGAUCGGCUAGGCAAAACGCGGAAUUGGUGGUGGAAACUCAAGGAUUGUUGAAAAAAAUUGAGCAGAAGCAUGAGGAAAGCAUACGAGAAUUUGAAGAGAGGCUGGAAAAGAUAACAGGUCAAGUUCAGGCAAGUUGUAUAAAGAAACAAGAAGAGAGCGAAGACUUGCAACAGAUGAAUAAGCGCUUGGACGAAGAACUCUCCACUCUUCGCACACAGCUUGCCGAGCGCACUAAACAGUUGAACGAAGCUCAAAAACAAUUAUUGUCACGAAAACCACGACCGAUAGUCAUUGUGAAACGACUCGAAGAACAAGAGAAAGUAUUAAAAGAGGAGAUUAGGAGAAUGGAUCGGAUGGAAAAGAGACAAGACAUGAGUAUUGAGUAUUUGAAGAACGUUGUCUUGAAGUUUCUGGAGAGCAGUGCUGGAGAACGGGAGUAUCUGGUUCCGGCAAUAACUACAAUUCUUCAAUUAAGUCCUGAAGAAACCAAGAGCCUUUAA